AUGCAAGUACAAGGGCCCGAUACUAAUGUGGUGAGCACUGUGGCUCUGGGAACAAAAAAAAGAAGGCUAUCCAAGGCUUCUGUUCAGGAAGAAAGUGAACACACGGAUGGGAAGCUGGAGGUGAAGAAGAACAAGAAAAAAAAGAAGGAGAAGCCCAUGACAUGUACUUUGCAGAAGACUGUUGUUGAUAAAGGUAUUGGCGUCAAGGAUGUAAGGGAUAUGACUCAAUACUUGUUACAGGCUGAAAACAACUCUCCUAAGUGGAUAGACAUUAGUAACAGAUCAAGUUUACAAAAAAUGGUGGUUUUAUUUAUUCCAGGCUUGCAGCCAAGUGAUUUUGGGGGCGGCAGGAGUGCGUUCAGUGAGAUCGAUGAUGACAAAUUUAAGUAUAUUCCCGAACAAAUUGCAUCUAAGUUCCACACUUUCCCUGUGAUGGCUCCCGGUUCGAAGAUGACGCUAUUUUCACCAUACAAUUCAUUUAUCAAUGUUGGGUUGUCCAAGCUGGAGAAGAUAAAUAGACUGAAGGAGCUGCAAAAGAAAAAGAAAAUUACCAUCAAUGAUUUGGUUUUAUCUGAACAGCAGCUUGUGGCCAACGAUUACCCAUUAACUUCUGGAGACUCUAACGAUGCAGGCUGGGUGCAGACUGCCGAGUUUGCCCACGAUGGUUCACACAUAUUUGCAUUAGAUUGUGAAAUGUGUCUUUCUGAACAAGGUUUGGUUCUUACCAGGAUUUCUCUGGUGAAUUUCGAUAAUGAAGUCAUUUACGAAGAGCUAGUGAAGCCAGAUGUUCCUAUAGUGGACUAUUUAACUCGGUAUAGUGGUAUAACCGAAGAAAAGCUGGCUGCUGGUGCCAAGAAAUCUUUACCAGAGGUGCAGCAAGACUUACUAAAGAUAAUAAGUCGUUCAGAUAUUUUGAUCGGGCACUCGCUGCAAAAUGAUUUGAAGGUGAUGAAGUUAAAGCACUCAUUGAUUGUGGACACGGCCAUCAUAUACCAUCACAAAGCUGGUGAUCCCUUCAAGCCAAGUUUGAAGUACUUGAGUGAGACAUUCUUGAACAAAAGUAUUCAAAACGGCGAACAUGAUUCUAUCGAAGACGCAAGAGCAUGUCUUGAGUUGACAAAACUGAAGAUUCUAAAUGGGUUAGCAUUUGGCAUAGGCAUCAACACGGAGAAUUUGUUCACUAAGUUGCAUCGUUUUGAAGUAAGAACCAUGUUACUUAAUGACAUGAUCGUCAAAGAUCAUAGCGAAGACGACUCUAAAGGCUGUUUGAUCCGUUGUGUUGAGGAUAACGAAACGUGGACAAACAUUCAUGAAAAUUUAAAUAAGGACGUUAAACUUAUUGUGGGCAGAUUGAAAAACUUGGAGAGAUCGCGUAAUUACAACAAAAAGCCACGAAAGGGGGAUGAUUUAUUGGAAGAAACUACGGUUCUUCGUGAUAUUGGACAGCACCUGACACAGGUAUACGAGAAUGCCGCACCAGGCACCAUGAUUCUGGUCAUGUCAGGUACAGGCGAUACAAGGCCAUGGAAUAACCUUUCGACUGAAUUAGACGUCAUCCAAGAUAAGAAGGAGAGACUGGACAAAAGACGUGAAAGGGAACCCGAAAUAGCAGAGGCCAUAAAGCUGGCCCGAGAUGGUGUAGCAUCCUUUACUGUAAAAUAG